AAAAACAGACCGACCACGGGAGGAGCGCUCACCAUCAUCCUCCUCCUCCCUCCUCAUCCUCCUCCUCACAGUUGAAGAUGGCGGACCCGGCCGAGUGCACCAUCAAAGUCAUGUGCCGUUUUCGGCCUUUAAACGGUUCGGAAGUGAUGAGGGGAGACAAAUACAUCCCCAAAUUUCAAGCAGACGAUAAUGUGGUCGUCGGGGGAAAGCCGUAUGUGUUUGAUCGAGUGUUUCAGUCUAACACUACUCAGGAGCAGGUUUACAACGCUUGUGCUCAGAAGAUUGUUAAAGAUGUGCUUGAAGGUUAUAACGGUACAAUAUUUGCUUAUGGACAAACCUCUUCUGGAAAAACACACACUAUGGAGGGAAACCUGCAUGAUCCAGAUGGCAUGGGCAUUAUUCCGCGGAUCGUCCAGGAUAUAUUCAACUACAUUUACUCCAUGGAUGAAAACCUGGAAUUCCAUAUCAAGUGUUCAAAUUUUGUCAUUUUUUUGAAAGAAAUUCAAACAAUUCUUUCAGUAUCUAAGACCAAUCUGUCUGUACAUGAAGACAAGAACAGAGUCCCUUAUGUAAAGGGUUGUACUGAACGGUUUGUGUGUAGCCCAGACGAAGUGAUGGACACCAUUGAUGAAGGCAAAUCCAACAGACAUGUGGCUGUCACAAACAUGAACGAGCACAGCUCCAGGAGUCACAGUAUCUUCCUGAUAAACGUCAAGCAAGAGAACACACAGACGGAGCAGAAACUGAGUGGCAAACUCUUCCUGGUGGAUUUAGCAGGAAGCGAGAAGGUCAGUAAAACCGGAGCAGAGGGUGCUUUAUUGGAUGAAGCCAAAAACAUUAACAAAUCUCUUUCCGCUCUGGGCAACGUCAUCUCUGCUCUAGCUGAAGGAACGACGUACGUUCCCUACAGAGACAGUAAGAUGACGAGGAUCUUGCAGGAUUCUCUGGGUGGAAACUGCAGGACAACUAUAGUGAUCUGCUGCUCUCCAUCUUCCUUUAACGAGGCCGAGACCAAAACUACGCUCAUGUUCGGACAGAGAGCAAAGACCAUCAAGAACACAGUGUGUGUGAACGUGGAGCUGACAGCUGAGCAGUGGAAGAAGAAAUAUGAGAAGGAGAAAGAGAAGAACAAGACGCUUAAGAACACCAUCACCUGGCUGGAGAACGAGCUCAACCGCUGGAGGAACGGUGAGAGCGUCCCCACUGAGGAGCAGUACGAUAAGGAGAAGGCAAAUGCAGAUGUUCUGGCCCUGGAUAAUGUGAUGAAUAAUGAUAAAUUCACCUCGUCUCCCAGCGUGCCCGGCCUUAAAUUAACUGAUGCUGAGCGUGAGAAGUGUGAGGCUGAAUUGGCCAAACUCUACAAACAGCUGGAUGACAAGGAUGAUGAGAUAAAUCAGCAGUCUCAGCUGGCUGAGAAACUCAAGCAGCAGAUGUUGGAUCAGGAAGAGCUGCUGGCCUCAACGCGAAGGGACCAUGACAACCUGCGGGCGGAGCUCACCCGUCUGCAGAUGGAGAAUGAGGCGUCUAAAGAGGAGGUGAAGGAGGUGCUGCAGGCCCUGGAGGAGCUCGCAGUCAACUAUGAUCAGAAGAGUCAGGAGGUGGAGGACAAGACCAAGGAGUUUGAAUCCCUGAGUGAAGAGCUCAACCAGAAAUCUAGCGUUCUUGCAUCUAUCGACUCUGAGCUGCAGAAACUGAAGGAAAGGACCAACCAUCAGAAGAAGAGAGUCACUGAGAUGAUGUCAUCACUGCUUAAAGACCUGGCAGAGAUUGGCAUCGCCAUAGGCAGCAAUGACAUUAAGCAUGAGGAUGGAGGUCUCAUUGAUGAAGAGUUCACAGUUGCUCGUCUGUACAUCAGUAAGAUGAAGUCGGAGGUGAAGACUCUGGUGAAGCGCAGCAAACAGCUGGAAAGCACUCAGGCCGAGAGCAACAAGAAGAUGGAUGAGAACGAGAAAGAGCUCGCAGCCUGUCAGCUCCGUAUCUCUCAGUAUGAGGCGAAGAUCAAGUCCCUGACAGAGUAUCUGCAAAACAUUGAACAGAAGAAGAGACAGCUAGAGGAGAACGUCGACUCUCUCAAUGAGGAACUGGUCAAACUCAGUGCACAGGAAAACGUUCAUGCCAUGGAGAAGGAGAAUGAGAUACAGAGUGCUAAUGAAGUCAAGGUUGCAGUUGAGCAGCAGAUCCAGAACCACAGAGAAGCUCAUCAGAAACAGCUGAGCAGCCUGAGAGACGAGUUGGAGAUCAAGGAGAAACUCAUCACUGAACUGCAGGAUCAGAACCAGAAGAUCAUGUUGGAGCAGGAGCGCUUGAAGGUGGAGCACGAGAAACUCAAAAACACUGACCAGGAGAAGAGCCGCAAACUGCACGAGCUGACGGUGAUGCAGGACAGAAGGGAACAGGCCAGACAGGAUCUCAAAGGCCUGGAGGAGACAGUGGCCAAAGAGCUGCAGACUCUUCAUAACCUGAGGAAACUCUUUGUUCAGGAUCUGGCCACACGGGUGAAGAAGAGCGCUGAGAUGGACUCAGAUGACACUGGCGGCAGUGCGGCACAAAAACAGAAGAUCUCAUUCCUUGAGAACAACCUUGAGCAGCUCACUAAAGUGCACAAGCAGCUGGUGCGUGAUAACGCUGACCUGCGCUGUGAGCUGCCCAAGCUGGAGAAGCGCCUGCGGGCCACGGCGGAGCGUGUGAAGGCUCUGGAGUCUGCACUCAAAGAGGCCAAAGAGAACGCAGCCCGUGACCGCAAACGCUACCAACAGGAGGUGGACCGCAUCAAAGAGGCCGUCAGAGCCAAGAACAUGGCCCGCAGAGGACACUCCGCACAGAUCGCCAAGCCAAUCAGACCAGGUCAGCCCCCUGUCGCCUCUCCCACCCACCCCAAUGUCAACCGCUUAGGGGCGGGGCUCUUCCCGAAUAGCCAAUCAGCGGGCAUCCGUGGAGGAGGCGGAGUCAAACAGUAAAAUAACUGUUGAAUGCUGAAUUUAACCCCAGUAGCCCCAGCUGAAGCUGAUAUCACCCCAAAAAGCUGAACAGGCAUUCCACAGCACGGGAAGGUUCAAUACUAUACAUAUGAAAAUGAAUAUAAGUAUAUAUAUGUGUAUGAAACAUGAAAUACUAUCCCCGUCUGGGCUGUACAGUUGUUCCUCCAUUCUUAUCAUAUCUUCCCUUUAAAAUAUAAAGAAAACUAAAAAAAAAAAAAAAGGCUUUUUGCACCAGUGGACACGUGUGUAAUUAGCGUGUAUCUCUUCACUCUUGCACAGUAGGUUUCUGCUCGCAUCCUGCUCUCCACGUCCCUCACUGUGCCAAGUUGAAUGUAUUACAAAAUUACAAAAGAAAAAAAGGCAGAAAUGAAUGAAAAAUGGAAAAAAGAACAAAAAAUUCUAGCUGCAUUAUUUUUACAUUCACAUUUUGGGUUUGUUUAGAGAGUUAGCUUGUUCUCUCUUACUUUGAGUAGUUUCUAUUGAACAUUUCAACUAAAUAAGUAAGUUAAACACUACAAUUGAACUGUAUAUAUGAACCAUUGAACUAGUUUUUGUAAUGAUGGACAUGUUCAGAAGAAAGAUUUAAAUUAUGUUGAAAGUAGAUGAAAGGUUUCUGAAAGUAGACAAACGAGAUGCAGUUCCAUGAAAUGAGAACGAAAAGGCUGCUUAAUGUAGACGCACCUGAGCUGCAGGAAUAUUUAAAGCACUGUACGAACACACAACGAGUAAUUGUUACAGCAUAAAGACCUGUGUGUAUGCCACAGCCUGAGGUCUUAGAUGAGUCAUAGCUAGGUAAAAAAAAAACAGUAAUACUGAUGUCACAUGCUCAUUUUGACAUUUCAAUAUUUAACUUUUAAGCAGGUAGAGUUUGUCGUAUCGAUGCUGCUCCGUAGCUCAGUCACUACAAAUCAUUAAUAAUCAUGUGUGUGGAUUUCUCCUCUUAGUUUUACCUACCAUAUUCUCAGACAGGAUUCUUGUUAUAUUGUUUUUGGUAGGCAGGGAACCUUGCAGUUUAUUAGAGAGAUUGUUGACCCAACAAUGAAAAAUGUAUUCACUCUCAGGGUGUUCCAAACUUGUUCGAUUUUUCUUUCAUGAAACACUAAAGAAUAUCUAAAUGUUUAUGCUGCUUUUUGAAAUGAAAAUGGAUGAGAUGGACAAUUUCAAGCUCCAAAAAGGACAAGAAGCACUAUUGAGGUAGUCCAUUAUGACUUGAGCGACUUCUGAAGUCAAACAACUGCAAAUUUAAGUCAUUAUUCACUUCAAAUCUUGCCCUCCGUGAUCAUUCGAUUGAGACAUAAUGGCAUUCGGUGGCAUUGACAUCAAACCUGCCACAGCGUGUCUUUAUUCACCAUAUUUGAGUUAAAACGUAAAUGCAAAUGAGAUGUCAAGAUUUUCAGUGGUUGUCAUACUUUAAGCUGCUUUUUAUGUUUCUGGUGCUCCUUUUCAAUCCUUGUUUUCAUUUUACGGAAAAAAACAUAUUUUUCACAGAAAAAUUAAAUUUAUAAAGCUUUGGAUGACAUGAGAGUGAGUAAAUGAUGACAGAAGUUUAAUUUUUGGGUGAACUAAGCCGUGUUAAGGGAUUCUUGAAUGUGGAAAUGAUCACAUCCCACCCUCCUCUCCUUCAUAGAUGCCCUGUUAUAGCAAUACAGUUUUGUAGUUCGUUUUACAUUUAAAAGAGUUUGUAUAGUGUCACUUUGUCGUUUUGUUGGAGUGAGGUUUGUGCAGUGGUCAAACAGCCAUUGAAGUUACAAUAUACCUAUACUCCUGAGUCUUUAGCUUUUAUUUGAUUUUAGUUGUUUUAGUUGGUAUGGUUUAGUCCAUUAUAGGGUCCAUAUUUUGAAGUUCUGCAUUUUGGAAAUGGCAAUUGGAUCUUCAGUGGUUUGAGCGUUGCAAACAACCCAGGGAAACCAGCACAACAUUUAGUUCUGGCUCACACAACCAAAACAUGACUGUAGAUUGUCUGUUGUGGUUUUGGUUGCCUUUUGAUUUUGCGUUUGCUUAUUUAGACCUGCUGAUUGGCUCUCUACAGUUACUGUUCCAAUGCUUUUCAUUCAGCACAACGUUACUGCCUUUCAUUGACUCGUGUUAAUGGGUGGGGUCUAUUUAAUGGUGGGCGGGGUUUAUUUAAACAUUUUAGGUCAUGUUUUCAUUUUGUUGCACUUGCAACUAGAUAAUACUGUUUUAUUUAUUUCUGUUUUAUUAUAGACUAUGGAUUUUGCUGUUCAAGUCUACAAAUGUCAUUUUUUUCUUAUGACAAGUAUAUAUAGAUUCCAGUGUACUUGGUUUCAAUUGUCCUUUGUUUUUCCAUGUCGGUUGGAUCCAGAUCCUACUAGUGUCCUGUGUAAAUUACUGUAAUACUGUAGUAGCAGGGGGAAUAUAGAAGAUGGUGUUUUAAGACCUUUUGUGUGCAAUAUGAAUCUGGUGUAGUGCAAGUUUUGCAACGGAGAGGAAAUCACUCAACAGUCCUCCCAUUUUAUUUUCUUGUUUAAUGCUCAUUUGUCUAACGGUUGUCUUGUUUGCCGAAUUUAAUCUUUUAAAAGCACUUUAAAAUGUUACCAUCUCAAUUGAAAAACGCACUUAUUGAAAACUGAAAAUUUGCAUCGCAAACAUCAAAUUCCUCACUGAAUUCUAUAAUUAUUGUUAUUAAGAAGCUUCUGCAGGAGGUUGCGUUUUGAAGACUGUCAAUGUUGCUUUUUUUUGUAUUUUGUUUUGCCUUGAAUCUGCAUUUUUAACCGUUACUGGGGAAAACACUCCGUUUAAAUGGCUCUAAUGGAAAGAUGUAAUGGCGAUCAGAUGUGUGUACAGUUGGUUCUACAGAUUGUGUCGAUUGAAUUGCUGUGUAUGUUUCCUUCAGUUGCUUACUGUAGGCACGUUUUCACCCCUUGACAUGAAACGCAAAUAAAGUAUAGGGUAAAACACA